UGUUGCCAUUAGUUUUUUUUUUAUAAAAGUCAUUUCGCACAAAAUCCUGGAUAAAAAGAAUUAGUGUGGCAGCUAGCCAUGAAAAUUAAUACCAUAUUUUCUUUAUCUCUGAAAUUUAUAUGGCAUAUGUAUGUAUGUGUGUGUGUGUGUAUAUAUAUAUAUACAUACACACACACAUACAUUACUAUAUAAUUGUACGAAUAAAAUAUAAACUGCAAGGCUUUCAAUAUCAUCACACUUUAAUGUGAUUGUUAAAUUGACAAAGUCACAAGACCCACUUGGCUGACCCAGCCACAGGCUGGAAACAGUGGAUGAUGAUGCUUAGUAUAAAUUUUGGUGUGUGGUAGACAAAUACAGGUUAUAAAUUGAGGUAAAACUAAGCAUGACUCCCUAAAUACUUCAUUUGGAGCUAACAAGACAUAUUUUACAUCACUAGAUUAUUACUUGUUACCAUGGGCACCCAUACCUGGGGCAUAACCCCCCCCCCCCCCCCCUGAUAGAGAAAGACAAAAAUGUAGUUACGUAUAAGUCAUCCAACACUGAAAUAUUUUCACGUAGAAGAUUUUAAAUAUAUGUACCUACUUACAAAUCACCAUUUGUCUUCCAAAAUAUUUAAAACACCAUAUACCUCCAGAUCUCACUUCCCCCCCCCCCCACCCCCCAAUAUAUCACAUGGGUGCACUUGCUUGUUACAUAAGUAUACAAACACAUUUGUAACUUUUCCAUGCAUCUGAAUUACUUAGUUUGAUAUGCUACAUAUUUUCUAUUCAUGUUGAAAACAACUGUGGUUAGGUUCAGGUUUUUUUUUUGUUAAACUGCAUUAAAUCACUGUGGCCCAAUUAUGACCACAAAACAUAUUAAAAAUUAUAAAAUGCACAAAUAUGUAAAUAUAAUAAGAACAUCGACAAUUACUUGUGAAUGUAACACGGGACAACUCUUUGCAAUAUGACCAGAGUUAUUUAUUUAGUUUCAAUUUAGUGAAAAACCAGAGAAAGAAAACAAUACAAUGAAAGAAUGAGUGAUCUGACAAGCUAUGGAAUGUUUGCUAUUUGAAGAUAAACAAAGCAAUGACAAAUUAAUUAAACCAGAAAAUGAAGUUCAUUAGGUGUUGUUCACAUCAAACAUGCUUUUAUUCAAUGAACGCUGAGCAAUAUCAGGAGCCUUAUUGUUUUCCUACAAACAUAAUACAUCCAAUAACAUUUAGUCCUGUCAAACAGUUUUAGAAGUUCUAUCUUGCGAAGUCAUAAGUUUUUGUUAAACAAUUCUGUAGCAAACACACAUUCUGAAAUUAUCCAUGACUGCAAUUUACAUGUAAAUUAUUUCAUAUGAAAUACAAAAGAUUAAUAUCACUCCAAACACACCCCACAAUUUUUUUUGCUAAAUCUAAAUGGCGUUUUCCACUUGACCGUUUGGUGGCGCACCUGGUGCGCACCCAGUGCGACCCGAAAACCAAAAAUGUGCAACUGUCACGUGACUGACCCAAAUGAGUGCAUAUUGGUCUUCCUCUAACAAGUGGAAGGUGACGCGGGAAAAGUGCAAAACAAGCGAAGUGUGUACUGAUAACCUAAAUCAAAAUGAAUGAAGAAAUGCUUGUGGUAAGCAUUGGCGAACAAUUAAGCAGUGGAAGUUUCCAGUGUAAGGUGCUAAUGUCUGGCGUAGAAAUGGAAGUUGCUAUUCCUGCGGCCACUCUGAGGACAAUUGGAGCGACGACAUGCGACGCACCGAUUGUUGAUGCAAAGUCAGAUGAUGUUCUUGGAAUCUCCAUGGAGAUGCAAACCACACCAGAUGAUGUUGGAAUCCAUCCAGGUACCUCAAAAGAAGCUGGCAUAAAUGCAGAUGCAGAGUGGAAAGAGCCGGAAACUAAAUUAUUGCUCGAUAAAUAUGCUGCACACCUUGACAAGGUGGGGCCUAUGAAGCGGUUUCGCACAAAGAAAGUAAUGUGGGAGCAGAUUGCCAGUGAUAUUGAGAAUAUUUUAUCAAUCAAGAGGACCGGUAUCCAGUGCCAGAACCGGUUCAAAACUAUCAUGAAACGGAAGAAACUAGCAAUGACAAAUAAUAGUACAUCAGGUUCAACGCGGGAAGCUGUGCCUUUUGAAACAGAGUACAGGGCCAUCGCAGCAGUUGACGACUCUCUUGUACCAGAUGUAAUGAGGGGAGUUGAUAAAGUCAUAUUGAACUCUAAACCCAUUCCCACAUCAGAGAAUUUUGAUGCAGGACCCAUGUCGUCUCCAUCAUCAUCAUUUUCAUCCUCAUCCUCAUGCCAAUCUCCAUCUCCCAUCGUGAAGAAGAAACGGCACAACAAGAUAAAGGAGUUAAGUGAUUUACUGCAUGAACUACAUACAUUAAGGGAGGCAGCAAAAGAAAGAAGGCAAAAAGAGAAAAUGGAGUUUCUGAAGGAACUAUUUAAAAAAGAGUAAACCGGUCUUUGUUCUUCAUGCAUGCAUAUGUGUUUAAAUUGAAACGAUUGACAAGAGGUUAUGUAGCUCAAUGUUGUACACAGUGCUUUUUAUUUCCUUUUGUAUACUUAUUUACCUUUUCAUAUACUUAUUUACUAUAUGUAACAUUGACAUUUUCAGAUACACUGUUCUUUUUGGCUGCCUAAUAUUAUUUUGUGUGAGAAUUUGUGUGAAACAUAAAACUAUAUUAUUUCUAAAUAAAGUGUGAUAAUUGUGUGAUACCAAAUUACCCUGCAUAAUGUCUACCAUUUUAUUUCCAAACUGAGAGCAACAAAUUGUGGAUAUUAUUAAAAAUUUGAAGAACACCAAUAUAAUAGAUGUAUAUGAACUAUCCAACUUUGUUUAACUACAAUUUCUGAUUGAUU